AUGUCUUACGCGCCUACAAAGUUGAAGGUCCCGAGAGGAUUUCACUCGCUACUGGAAAAGUUCUGCAUUGAAGUUCUCAGAACGCAGCCCGAUGACAUCCAUACAUUUGGGGCUUUCUAUUUCGCUGAUCUUCUGGAGAAAAGAGAAGGUGUGUAUGUGUGUGUGUUUGUGUGUGUGUAA